UUGCCGUUCUUUUCCGCUUCGGUCUUGUCGUCACUUUUUUCUCCCCUCCAUACCAUUCCGUGCGCCUGUCCUGCAUGCUUCAUUCAUGGUGACACUUUCCAUUUUGUCUUCCCUCUCCGACUGUCAUCAUUAAGGACUAAUUUGGCCGUAUGAAUUCCCAAAUUGGCGUACCGGACGCUGCUGAGGUCACUCUUACUUCUACCACCAUCAAUGCCAUACUCGUUGCAACCAUCGCAAAGCCUCAACUACCGAUACCUGCGAUACGAGUGAUACGACUUAGGCCUUUCCUACUGCAAGGGACACUUUGGAGAAGGGGGAAGGGUCAUCAAGGAGGAGGCUGUGGCUUUUGUGUCAGGCCGAUAGAACUUGCAUUUACAUACCAUAUACCUGUUUCUUGUCACGCGAAACCCCAUGAAAUGAUUCAAAUGACUAGCAACUUUUCAUUUCUCAUUUCGUCGCCUUCGUUCCAGCCACAACAAUGCUAUUUAUUUCUGUAUACAAAAGCCCGGGCUUUGACAAUCGCUACUCUGACAUUGGUCGACACCAUGACAUGUUUUCUUCUCUUCCUUACCUUCAAGCUUCAUGUCCGGUGUAACUAAUCAGUAACGGGUAACUUCCAUAACCUGCCCUUUACCUCCCUCUCUUUCUCCCUUUCCCCCUUCGCAUUCUCUCUCUUCGCCGUCUCCCCUCAGUCUUUGCCUUCCUCCCCACACUGGAUUCCUAUUGCCGGAAACGUGACGAAGUAUCAGUUAGCAGAUAUUGUGUACUAUGGCUCGCGGCACUUAACUGCGCGGUAUGUGG